AUGGAGUGUGCGAUCCACUUUGAGUGCAGGUUGAAAAACUAUCGCAUUUGUGUUGAUCCUGCAAUUGAUAUCUUGAAAUUAGUAGCAUUUGAUAAUCUUUCCCAAUAUGCUCCUCAUUUGAGGGGUUCUAUCCAACAAAUGUUUCUUGACUUGCAAUUCUACAAAAUGUUCUUUUGGGGUUUUGGCUUUCCGGAAGAACUUUUAGCUCCUGAUCAGAUGCUGUGUUUGAGUUUUAUGAUUCAGAAAUUCAGGCGAGCAUCAGAGGAGUUGAAAAUGCAAUAUGAAGCUGCAACCGAAGAAGAAAAGAUCGUGAAUUGGGAGCCGAUGAGUUCACGUUUGAAGGUGUUGAUUCGGGAUCAUAUGCCGGAAGCUGGAGAGAUUUGCAGAUUUUUACUACAGAAUGGAUUCAAAUGUAAGUUCUCUUUCCAACUCCCGAGGUCAUCUUAUGAAUAUGGAGUGGGGACAAUGGAUUUCAUUGCUUUGAUCGAACGGAAUCUUGGCGCUGUUGAAAGUAUUGUUGAUUAUCUUGACCCCUUAUUAGGCCUAAAAAUUGCUUUCAUGGAAUUUAGACGUCAGAAGUUUUGGAAGCUUCUUUAUGUUCUUCAUUUUCGGAAUCAUAGAUCUGUAAGAACCGUGGAACUCAUAUAUCAUGUUCAAUCUUGGGCAAGUCACGUUUCACAUUUCGUGUUCCUCUAUAGGUCUGAUCUUCUAACAAGUGAGUAUUUAGCAACCACUCCGGAAAAUGAUCUUUCCAAUUUGAUGUGGAACAGUAUGUAUCCAAGGCUAAUAGAGUUGUCCCUUGAUGUGUUUAAGGCCAAGAAAUAUCAUGUAUGUCGAGCUACAAUGUAUCCUCAAAUCCUUCCGGAUUAUGUUGAUUUUCUUCUUAAACAUGUAGCCAUAAGCGAUUUGCAUGAGGGCAAGAUUGUCCGCGAUGAUCUUGAACCUGUUCGCGAAGCUCUGAUGUUCUUGUUAUCAUUUUCCAUGGAUUCAUCGAAUGAGGAAUUAAACGUAAGUGAAUUGAUAUUGGCUGAAAUCAAUACUAUUAUCUGUGAAGUGCCAUCAAUCAUGUGUAUUCCUCAAACAGACAAGUUAGGCAGACUUCUGGAUAUGAUUGAUGGAGUCAAGGCUAAAAUAAGAGAAUUGUAUGUUGUUACUCCCAUUUCAUCGCAAUUCAAUUCUCCAAGAACUAACGCAAUCGGGUUUCUGGAUUCACUCCUGGAAACACUACAGAAAAUGCUACAAGGAGGAGUGGAUUUAAUUCCUUUGGUGAAAAAUCGCGUUAUGGAAGUCCAUGAAGAGCUAGCAGCGCUGAGGCCUUUUCUCCUGGAGUAUGAUGACUUUGAGCUUCAAAAUGAGGAGGACAAGAGACGCAAAGAUAUACAUACCCGAAUCGUCAACGUGAUACACUUUGCAACAUAUGUCACCAAGUUGUGUGCAAGCACGAGUUUAUCGAUCUGGUACGGUAUUAUGUUUCUGCCCGACAUCAUACAUCACAUAAAGCUUGUGAAUAAUGAGGUUAAAAAGAUUCAAGAUGAUGGAAAGUAUUUCAACAAAAGCCUCGGUACUGAGAUGGAGUCAAGGGAAACUUUGCCGCCUCAAGCGACAACUUUGAUGCAGGGAGAAGCUUUUAUUGGAUUUAGAGAGGAUGCAGAAUCAAUAUUAGAUCACCUUCAACUCGGUCCAAAGGAUCUCACCAUCAUUUCCAUUUCUGGAAUGUCAGGCCAAGGGAAGACGACAUUAGCGAGAAAAAUCUACGAUGAUCCUUCAAUCCGGCAUCAUUUCCACAAAAGUGCAUGGUGUUCUGUCUCUAAACAAUGCAAGAUGAAAAGGCUGUUGUCCAACCUCUUACGGGAUGGUAAGGAGGGCAACGAUUUCGGCAACCUAGAAAUCCAUGAUUUAUCUGAUCGCGUGCGGAAAAAUUUGAAAGGGAAAAGAUAUCUCAUAGUUCUGGACGACAUUUGGGAUGUUGAGGUGUGGUGGCAACUGCAAUACUCAUUUCCAGAUGAUAAAGAAGGGAGUCGAAUCUUGUUUACGACUCGAAAUGAUAACCUUGCUUCACAAUGUAACCCGAAGUCCAUUUCCCAUCCUCUUCAAUUAUUUUCUGAUGAGGAAAGCUGGGAAUUGCUGAAAGAUAAGCUUGCAGGCUAUGUUGGUUUCUCUCAAGAACUUAUGGAGGUAGGAAAACAGAUUGCAGAUUAUUGUAAAGGGUUGCCUUUGGCAGUAGUCGUAAUCGCCUCUUACCUGAAAAGGACAAGAUAUGAAUUGGAUUUGUGGAAGGAAGUGGCAGAGAAUCUGAAAUCACAUCUUGCCAGUGAAGGUUGUAUGCACAUUUUGGAGCUCAGUUACAAGUAUCUUCCCCAACAUUUAAAACCGUGCUUUCUUUAUUUUGGAGCCGCUUUUCAGAGAGGCGAAAACAUUCAUGCUGGAAAAUUGAUUCGCCUUUGGAUCGCUGAAGGAUUCAUAAAGAGAAAUGAGACUCGAAGCUCAGAGGAUCUGGCAAGAGAAUACUUGGACUAUCUAGUUUCUCAAAAUUUAGUUCAUGUUGUUCGUAGAAAUUCGAUGAGGAACAUCAACCUUUGCACAGUUCAUGAUCUCCUAUAUGAUUUGUGCAUCCAAAAAUCACUGGAAGAUAAUUUCUUGCAUUUGGCGGAUUACAGAACGCUCCAAAGCGAAUCUCAUCAUUCCCAGCGGCCUUGGCUUUGCAUUCGGGGCAUGGAUUCGGCAUUCUCCCACACACACCUCACAUCUCAUUCUCUCCAAAGGAAAUUCUUACCAAGCAGUCAAGUUCAGUCUUUGUUUUGGUCUCAUCCUGAUGAUCUACCAAUCCAAAGUAAGUCAUUAUCCUCAUUUUUCAGCAACUUUAGAGGUCUUACAGUGUUGGAUAUGCUGGAUGUGAAUCUGGAGGCUUCAGCAUUUUCUAAACUAAUGUUGUUAGCAUCUAAUAUUCAUCUGAGGUAUUUAGGACUGCGUGGCUCUCUUGCUUGUGUUUUCUGGUCAAUCGAAAACUUGUCAAACUUGGAAACACUCAUUUUGAUCUCGGACCGAAGUGUUCUGAGAAUUCCAAGAUCCUUGUGGGAGAUAAAAAGUUUAAGCUACGUUGAUAUGGAAAGAUCUUGCUUGGAUUUCGAUGGCUAUGGACAAAACGUCUCCACGGCGAAUGCCAGUAACAUUGAGACACUGAAAGGAAUCCUUCUUCGUUGUGAUUUCAAGACGCUGGAGGUUUUAAGAAGCUUACCAAAGCUUAGAGAUUUGAAGUGCUACUCUGAAAAGUGUUCUCCAGAGUUUUUCUGUAUGUUUCAAUCUCUUGAAAAACUGGAGAGACUAAGGAUUUUAAGCUUAAAAGAAGCGGAUCUUAAGGCGUUCUUGUUUCCCUACAUCAGUUUCCAUUUACCUGAGAAUCUCAAGAAGUUGUCAUUGUUGGGAACAGGAUUACCUUGGAAGGCUAUGUCAAUGAUUGGGAGGUUACCUCAUCUCGAAGUUCUGAAACUAGUUGGUUAUGCAUUUAAGGGAGCUACCUGGGAGCUGGAAGAUGAGGAGUUUCCGAAACUCAAACAUUUGCGCCUUUGCGGAUUAAAUGUGCGACGAAUCGAUGACUCUGACUGCUGUGACAGUCCAUUUCCAUGUCUGGAGAAGCUUGACAUCCUAGGUUGUGAGAAACUUGAGGAGAUUCCUGCCAGCUUUGGAGAGAUUUGCACCUUGAGCGAAAUUAAUCUAGCUUCAUCUCUUAACAGAAAGGCGACGGCUAAAGUCCAGAGGUGGGUGGCAAAACCAGAUGCGGAAGCACAAUCUAGUUCAUGGUCUGCGACGGAGGGAACUUCUAGGGUUACAGAGGAAGCUGUGGCUGACAGGCUGAAUACGUUGAGCAUCGCCGAAACUAGUGGCGGGCCAAGUGCUUCUGCACGAGUUCCGCAAGUUGGAAUUGUCGCGCACCAUAAUCCUGUACCCAGACAAACUGUCUCUUGGAAGCCUAGAGUCAUAUGGAACGGCAAGUUACAGAGAUGCUAUAGUAUAGCUAGAAUGGCCAAUGAUGAAGUUGCUUCAAGGCAAUCCAAAGAUGUAGAUUUAAAGUGGGAAGGAUUAAAUGUUUCAUCUGUCAGAGCUUACUAUGGGGAUUGUGGUGGCUAUAUUACAGCCAAAGCAUCAAACAGUCAAAUUAGUUCCUGGUUGCCACCUGUGAGUUGGAAAGUGAAGCUGAAAGGUGAUUUGGAUGAGAAAUUAAACAUGCAGAGUAAUUUUUCCUUGGGCUCGAGUUGCAUCUUGCUGAGCAGCAAUGCGUUCAAAUGUGAUUUCCAUUCAUGUUAUGUAGAAUGA